AUGCUGGUGCCUAUGCUUACAGCCCAAGCCUCUGCUCUAACUUCUAUGAACUAUGACGUCCUUCCAAGCUCAGGAACUGUCUUGAACCUCGCUGUCACUGCUAGCAAUAUCACCUAUAACGUCACUGCCAACGACACCAUCCACACGAUUGCUAACAAAUACGGGGUUGGUGCCUGUGACCUGGCACGACUCAAUGUGCUAGCCGACCCGAACUUCCUCUACAUGAACGAGACUUUGCGCAUUCCGGCCCGUGCCACGUUCCCAGACGACUACUCGUGUCUCAGUACAAACAACACCAACGCGACAUCAGACUGUAUCUACGGCGGUCCUCACGUGUACACUAUCCUUCCGGGAGACACCAUCCAAAAGAUUGCCAACGAACGCUUCAAUAUCACUACUGAGUCCAUUCUCAGCUUUGGCGCUCAAACCGGGUACAUUGCAGCUCUGAACCCCGGGAUUCAUGACGUGCUCCAGACCGGAGAGACGGUGAAGAUCCCUACUUGCGCCAACACAGCUUGUACCAUGACGGAUUUCACGUUCACCUAUGGUACUCUCCAGGACUUUGCGACUGCGUACAAUGUGACUGUGGGUCAGCUCAUGUCUUUGAACUUGGCUUACAACCACACGGAUUAUAUCGCGCCCCUCGGUGUUCUAUAUGACUGCUCGAUUCUGGAGUAA